AAAGUCCCCUUUAUAUAAAAAUAAUUUGUUUUCACUCCCAAUUUUUAUUUUAUAUCAUCACUGUAGCGGCUUUAAAAUGAUGCAAUUUAUGCUUCUGUUCUCGCGGCAAGGAAAACUCAGACUCCAGAAGUGGUACGUAGCACAUCAGGACAAAGUAAAAAAGAAGAUCACACGUGAACUGAUAACAACUAUUCUUGCUCGUAAACCGAAAAUGUGUUCUUUCCUGGAGUGGAAAGACUGCAAGAUUGUUUAUAAAAGAUAUGCAAGCUUAUACUUUUGUUGUGCUGUUGAACAAGAAGAUAACGAAUUGUUGACACUUGAAAUAAUUCAUCGUUACGUGGAAUUGCUAGAUAAAUAUUUUGGAAGUGUUUGCGAACUUGACAUCAUAUUCAACUUUGAGAAGGCAUAUUUCAUCCUCGACGAAUUACUUGUUGGAGGUGAAAUUCAAGAGACGUCCAAAAAGAAUGUUUUGAAAGCAAUCGCAGCUCAGGAUGUUUUACAAGAGGUAGGGAAUGACGACACUUACGAUAUUUGAAUUAUCCAUUAAUCAUGACGCAAAGAAAAGCUAUGAAAAAAUCUUCCCAAAAAAACGUCCAAAUAUUUUGCAAAGUUUUAUUUUCUGUUGAUCGCUUUUUACAUCGCAUAAUUUUUUAUGAGUUUAAGUUUUGUUUUUAUAUUUUUGAGAGAAUCUUUCGCUUUUCCUCAAUGGGCUUUUUAAAAUGAUAGGAUCAUCCUUGAUGUUCUGGGCUAAAUGGUGUUGAUGUUGUUCAUCAAGGAUGAUGCUUCUAUGCAAAGAAAGUUUAAGAAAAAUUGUGCUGUCUUGAGGAGUUUUUAAACUUUUAUUGAGUUGCAUUUUGGUGGCAGUGAAAUUUUCUUUAGUCUCUUUUUUGAUGUCUGUUAUGUUGAAAAAUUACGAAGACUCACAUAAUUACUUAAAUAUCGACUGAGGCUAAUGCCCUUACCUAAUUUUUUCAUCUUAAUCUGCAAAAAGAAAAUUCAAAAAUUAAUUAAAAUUUUCAUGAAUAGAUAUGGAAAGAAUUAAAUGCCUUAAAAAUUAUUUGAAAAAGCCAGAAAAGAUUUACAUGAAUUGUAAUUUUGCCAAAGUCCUAAUGGAAAUUGAAAAAAGUAUUAGAAAAUUUGAAACAAAAAAAGAAAUAAGAAUCUAAGUAGAAUACUUAAAUUAGAUCAUUUCAUCUGUCAUUUCCAUAAUUCAAAUAGAUUUAUUCCUCUAUUGCCACAAGAAAAUUCAUUAAUUCGAUCAUAAAUGUUAAACGAACUUCAGUGUUUCUCGUCUCAGUUCUCGAAAAGAAAAAUUACGUAAAUUUUGAAAAAGAAAAUUCAUUCACACUAAUUAGUUUAACUAUCUACUUAAAUUUUGCGAUGAGAAACACUGAAUAGAACAUUUUUAGAAACUUAAAAUUGCCAACAUAUAUUUUGAAUGAUUUCUAUUUAAAUAAAUUAAACUGCAUGAAUAGCAUGAACUGUCAGAAUAUCUUCCAAUAAUGAUAAUUAGAUUAUAUUUUUCUCUUUACCUCAAUCCUUUAAACGCCUGUUUCUUGCAUUAUCAAAUCCUUCGAUUGCUAUUUGCUUUUCUUGAUUCAGCCAAUCCUUAAAAAUAAUUACAAACAUUUCUAUUUUAGCUUAUUUCUCAAUACCUAAAACUCCAAAUUUUUUUCCUUCUCUUUUUCUUCUUUUUUCUUUUCUUUAUUUUUAAUUGUGAAAAAUUAUUGAAACAAUUUCAUUCUCUUUGAAAAUUGAUUACACGCAUUAAAGGAUCUGAAUGAGAAUUUGAAUUAGUCAUUGAGAAUAAUCAUACAACACAUGAAAAUAUCUUUAUCUAGGAUGUCAUUUUUUUUACUCACCUUUUGAUGAUGAUGAGCGAGUUUAUGAUUCAUAGAAUCAGAAUUUUGAUGAAACUUUUUUAAAUCAUACCUGUUGCAUUUUCAAAACAUUUACCUUUCUAAAUAGGGCGCUUUGCUUAGACACACCGAAAAUUUUAUAUUUAGAUAUGUAAAUUAAUUUUUGCGUGUAGUUUUUAUUUUUUAUUCCUUAAAAAAACUUUCUUUCAAGCAGCAAAGAGUGAAGCUUUUAUUGUUUUGCUUCAUUGCUUCAAAUC